AUGGGAUCCAUUAGCGAGGAAGAUUUAAUCCUUAUCGAAGGCACCCGCUACGAGGGAGGUGGGGGAUUGAUUCGAGACACCCUGUCUUAUGCAACCAUCCUCAACAAGCCCGUUAGAAUUGAAUCAAUCCGCGCAAAUCGGCCAGGCAAAGGUGGACUCCGCCUCGAACACACAGACUCAAUGAACGCCAUGGCACGGCUAAGCGCGAGCAUAGUAGAGGGGAACACCCCUCACAGCCGUGAGAUCACGUUCUACCCUCACGCUGCACUCAAAGAUUCUUCUUCUGGUCGAGACCCAUUGCACAGGCUGGAGUUUCAGAUAGAAGGCGCAGCCGCGAUUUUCAUGAUAGCCGUUCUGCCUUAUAUCUUCUUCUCCACUCUCGGACCCGCCAGCUCUUCUUCCUUUGCCAAAGAGAGAAUUGGAGAUGGCAUUGAUCUCGAUAUCCGCGCGGGGACCGUAUGCGUAAAGGCGCCUUCCUACGCGUACGUGCAACAAGUACUCAUCCCCACCUUUCAAUCCAUCAAUAUUGGAGAAGAAAAUUUGAAGGUGUACAAAGACCACGAGCAAGGAUGGCAUACUGAAUUUGGGCAUACCCCGGGUCGCAUGAGAGUAUGGGCAAAGCCAUUUAACAAGCCUUUACCGGCGUUCCAGCUGGAGCGACGUGGCACUGUCGUACGGAUUAGGGCUACCAUUCACGGGCCUGGGGAGACUCUGGAUGUUUUCCACGAGACGGUAAGAAGAGAAAUCAAAAGCGCUCUCAAACCCGGCUGGUUUUCAUCGGUCGAAGUGCUUAGUGAAGCGUUUGCAUCGGUGGCCCCCGGUCAGUAUCACCUGCUACUGGUAGCGGAGACUGAGUCCCCACGAGCAUAUCUUGGCUAUGAACAGAUUUGUCCGCAGAAGGGAGGGCUUUCCUGUGGACUGGAGAACAGUAGCGAGGAGAUCUUUAGGUAUAUCACUCGCGUGUGUAUCCGAGGCUUACAUGAUGAGCUUGCUCACGGCAAUGCUGUCGACGAACAUCUUGAAGGCAUGCUCGUUCCAUACCAAGUCCUAGCGGAUGGGUUUUCUUCUAGUACCGCUGAACGUAACGCGGAGCUUGUGCAGGAGAACGAAAAUCUGGCAAUUCCAUUUGAAAAACCUGAGGAGUCAUACUAUGUGGACGUGACAACCUUGCACUUGAGAACAAGCUUCUGGGUGGCAUCCCAGUUGACUGGUGUUGACUUCGAAGACAAUGAAGGCCGUUUCGGGUGCCAUGGUAUCGGGCUGGGAGUGAACGCUGCGUAG